AUGACUCAGGCCGUUAAGAGGGCCUGCGAUGCCUGCCAUCGCCGAAAGGUCAAGUGCGACGGCAUCAACCCGUGCCGCAACUGCUCUUCCGCCCAGCUGUCCUGCACCUACAAUGCCAUCCCCCAGAAGAAGGGUCCCAAGGGCUCGCGAGCCAAGGUUAUCAGCGAGCUGCGAGAGACCCAGCGACAGACGAGCCUUUCCGCCAAGGUGCAGAACCGCAUGAACGGCAUUCCAUGUCCGCCCGCAGCCCAGAGCCUCGCCCCUACGCCGGGCAUGUUGACCAGCGACAUGGUCAAGGAGUGCUCUCAGUUUUUCUUCGACCACAUGAACGCACAGGCCCCUAUUCUGGACCGGAGACAGGUAGAGCAGCAGAUUCUCUACAUGGAGCAGAACCGAGAUGCCUAUUGUUUGAUGACUUCCAUGUGCGCCUUUGUCAUGCUGCAGCCUGGCAUGACCAUGCCUGCCGGUGACCCGUACAACCUCGACAUGGUUCCCGGAGCCAACAUCAUCUCCAGCCAGCUUCUUUUGGAAGAGACCCUUAGAGUUCGGAAAGGAUACGAGUACCUAGAACAGAUCACAGUCAAUGCAUUGGCCACCAACUUCUUCCUCUUUGGAUGCUACUACGGCCAGGAGGCGCAUGAGAAGGCAUGGUACUACCUCCGCGAGGCUACCACCAUGAUCCAGAUGAUUGGCAUGGAUAAGGAAGACUACUACCUGCAAUUUGAUAUCUCUGAAGCCUCCCGUCUCCGCCGGCUUUACUGGUUGUUUUAUGUUAUUGAGAGAGCGUAUGCCAUCCAGCGCCAGCGCCCCUUGACUCUCCAGGCGACAAUCAAGCUCCCCACUCUUGGAGAUGAUCCUACCGAUCCUCUCUCCCAUCAGCUGAACGGCUUCAUUCUGCUUAUCAACCUCUUUAGACCUUUUGAUGAUGCCUUUACAAACACCUGGAACAAGACCCGGAGCCACCUCUCCCCUCAGUACAUCAGUGGCCUGCAGAAGCAGCUUAAUGAUGCCGUUCAGACACUGGCCUGCCAUGACCCAGCAUGGAACGACCUCAACACUAACCAGCAGUGGCUCAAGAACACUGUAUGGCAGCUGAGCAACGGCGGAGCCGUCGCCACUGAGGGAUCCAUGUCCUUCCAGUUCCCCAUGAACGUAUCCAGAGAGAUGCUCAUGAACAUGGCCUCGCAGUUCCCUGGCCAGGGUAUGGAGCUAUUGAACUCUGGACUGCUUGAGAAGCUCGUCGAAGGCACGUAUUCUAUGACUGAGUAUCUGGCUAUGCAGCCCGCGUCUCGCGAUCCCUUCGCAAUUGGGCCUCAAGAGCACCUCAGCCAAAUCAUCACUAUUGUUGCCGCCUCCAGAAACGGCGACUACCGUUUCCUUCCCCUUCUCAUGAGCAAGGUUAGCGAAGUGCUCCCACGCCUUGCGAACCCAAUGCUCCAGAACGUCCCCGAGACGGCGGCUAUGGCCAAUGUCGACAUCUUUGACGGAUUUGGCAGCGCUGGCAUGGCCCAGCCUCCCCAGAUGCAGAUGAUGGACGCCGAAUACGACCGCAAGUUUUCCGUUGAAGAGUACGAGAAGAAGUACACCAUGGAAAUGACGGGAGGCACUCCAGACUCUCAUGCCACCUCAAACUCUGGCAACACUCCGCCUGGCGCUCGCCAGUCUUCUGAGAUUGCAAACUCUUUUGUCAGCUCUCCACCAAUGAUGUCUCCUACUAUGGAGUAUCCUCACGGCAUCAACGGCUUCUCUGUUACGCCAAUGUCUGAAAUGGUUAUGAGCCCAAUGGGAACCCACCCGCCUCCACCCCAACAGCAUCACCAACACAUGAACCAACAAUCGCCUAAUCAUAUCCACGACGCAAUGGGCCAACCGCACAUGGGCAUGACACCACAGAACAUGCGGCCAGGCGGGAUGCAACCUACUCACCACAUGAACGGCAUGAUGAAUGUCCGACAAUCGCCACAAAGACAAGACAGUUUUGCCAUGCCUGGCCAGCCCCAGCACUUUCACAGUAUGAAUGCGAUGACCGGGGAGAUCAAUUUCAACUCACUGCGGUAG